AUGGAUCCUCCAGUUGUGGUUGAUUCAAACGAUGAUGAAAUGGUCUCCCACGAACUAGAGCAAAUGAGGAGUAUAUUGGAAGAGGCGAUUUUGGAAACGCGCAGCAUGCCUCUCGAAAAUCAACCGCGACUUCCCCGCAUACCCCUAAGCAAGCGAAAUCGGGCUGUCGUGAGGGCUCUUAACCCAAUGCAGGUAACCUAUUUGGAAGCCAGCCGGGACCUUUGCGAGACGGACUCAGUUCUUUUUGGCGCCGCAGUAGCAGCUUGGCGUAUAAUUGGCGCCAAACUUCCCAUGGCUGGACGCGCUACUAAACAAAGUAGCGCCAUCCCAGCCUGGAGAAAAAGAAUUGAGGACUUAUCGGCAGACUGA